GGGAAUAAGGAAAAAGUACAGGAUACGUACCCGGAACAUCCGGGAUGCGGUUAUCUCAAAACAGGAACGUGGGCUGACCGCAAGAUAUUAAGAAACCGCAUCGGUAGUUUCGAGCUCUCUACAUCACUAAAAAUUCCUAAAGUCUCAAAUCUCCUCUAUCAAAGUUGAUUCUGCACUAAUAUUCGUAUGACUUGACGUACCUAUGAAUAACGCAACGUGCGUACGGUGUGCGAAUUUCGCGAUCGUAGCUCAAAUGUUGUAGGUACUCGAAAAAUAAUGAACGAUGCUUACUCCGGGCGUACCUCGUUAUCUCGUUGCUCUCUUUUCAUUUUUUCCCUAGCUGUUAGCUUUUCCCAUGUAUUCGUAGUCUCUUUAUCGCGCUUGCGUCGUGGUCCAGACCAUCCCGUCGACAGCAUCCCUCAGUCGAACGUCAGAUCUUGUUGUAUCCGGGGUGCGCUAAAAAUUAUAGUCCGAAAUUACCCUAUCUGGCCAAACAUCCGCGUGAUUCUAUAAUAAAAGAUAUAUCAUUACGAAGAAUGACAUGCGCAAAUUUACUUUGAUUCUACAUAAAAUAAAUCAUUAUAUUCUCGUUCGGACAAUUUGAAUAAAUUAUCCAUUCAAUGUGAAUGAGCCCCUUCAUGGGAUUAAUCUACAGUUCGCGACUCUUGCGAAAAGUUUCCGAUUUUCUCUACGUAGUGUGAAAAAUUUUGAAGUGACGACGAGGGUGUAAUAAUUCGAUUCGAAUUAUCUAACGCCGCGGCGGUCUCGGUCGAUCGCGAGAACGGGCUCUGUGAUACAUCGCCGGUACUCCGUCGAGUAUAUUUGAAAGUCGCAGCUGACGGAAGACUCGAAAAAAAAUAUCCCGGUUUAUGCGAUGGAAUAGAGGAGAAAAAUCCGUGGGUAUCGAAUGCAUAAAGUGAUCAAUUUUCAUUAGUUAACGUCCGCGAGUUUCCGUCUGCUGCUUGCCGCUGUCCAUUGAUAACGCGAAAGAAUCGAUAAGUUGCGUCGCGCGAGAUGUAACCGUAUCAGAUAUCUAUUCAAUGUUGUUUCCGACGAUAAAGUGAUAAAUAAAUUAAGGCAACACAAAUUGCUAAACUCAGAUUCACCCUCCGUCCGAACAACGAUGGAUGAAAUGACGGAAAGUAUCCUCGUGACGAGCUCGACGAUUGCUCUGAAAUAAGAAGAAAUGCCCUUCACCAAAUAAUACGGUGUUGAAUUCGAACUAGGUGAAUAAAAAUAUUCCGAAAAAAAAAAAGAAACUCUGCGAGGGUGCUGAGCAGACGAAGAAAGCUGCUCCAGCAGGAGCAACCAUCGGGAGAACGAGAUGGCGUCGACGAAUCUACGCGGUCGCCAAGCUGGCUACGGAAUCGAGACCUUCUUCUUGAUUUGCUGCGUUGUCGUCUGUUGGAAAAACGGUAAUGCUCGAGGAUCAGUAGCGAGUUCCGAAGUGACAACGGACACAUCGACGAACAGGGGAGCGGCUAGACAGAUGUACGGUAGCGGUAGCUUACGCCAAACCGGUAGCGGUCCGAUUCUUAUGGGAACGACGACAGCGUCCCCCUUUCACAAGGGAAAGGAUAAGCCCGAGUCAAAGAACAACCUCCAUCGCGAUGAGAAACCCGACGCGACUCACGAGGACGAUUACGGAUACGACGGUCAUCCAUACGAAGGUCACGGUGGUUUUGGUUACGGUGGUACCGGUGGACGGAAUCACUAUUCUCAAAAAUCCCAUCCCCCGUUGCUCGGGGGAUAUUACGGGGCACCCAGAAUUCCCGUCUCUCCGCCGGACGCGGAGUCUUACAACGUAUCCAGUGACGUGAAGGUGAGAAACGGUGCUCCGGUGAACGGAGGAAUCUACGGCCAAAGUCGUCCCAGUGUCCAGGUCGGAAGAGGAAAUCUGGACGGGGCUCGAGGGCGAGGCGGUUACGGCGACAUUUACGGCGGCAUGGAAGAAGCGUACGUGAACCCCGAUCGUUCGCGCGUUCGCAACCCCUUGGACAGAGGUCACGGAGGUGUCGGUUCGAACAAAGGGAUGGAAGGUCAUAUGGGCGCCGGCGGGCGCACGCUGAUCCACGAAUUGGAAGACGAAAGUGACCUCGCAGCGGAGUAUCUUCUGCCUUGCGGAUGGCAGUGUAAAAACGGGGAAUUCUUAUGCGUUCAAUCCUGCGCUUGUAUAUUAUUUAGCGGUCGUUGCGACGGUGAGGUGGACUGCGAGGAUGCCGAGGACGAGAUGGACUGUGAAAACGGUAUCGGUUCCGGGGGUGGAAUCGCGGAGUGCGUCGGCGAAAGAGACGUCAGAUGUCCGUUGUCCGGCAGAUGCAUAGCCAGAGAAUGGCUUUGCGACGGAGACGACGACUGUGGUGAUUUUUCGGACGAAAGUCAUUGCGGUACAUCUCAAAACUGCACCGAAGAUCAAUUCGAGUGUAGAAAUGGCCUCUGCGUUCCUCGAGCGUGGUUGUGCGACGGUGAAAAUGACUGCAAGGACUUUUCCGACGAGAUAAACUGUACGAAAAAAAUGGAGUGUUCGGAAUUAGGUGAGUUCAAGUGUCAGGAUGGCAGCUGCAUUUCUCUUACAUGGCAUUGUGACCGCGAAGCGGACUGCAAUGACGGUUCUGACGAGCUCAACUGCGAGAAAACUGAAGUUCGUUGCAGAGACAACGAAUUCCAAUGCGCCUAUCCCAGAUGCGUAAGCCACGAGUUUCGAUGCGACGGUGAUGACGAUUGCGGCGAUUGGAGUGACGAAAAGGAUUGUCCAUCCGCUUCAGCGACUAGUUGCAAUGCCAACGAGUUCCGAUGUUCCGGCGGCAAGUGCAUCAGCGAUAAAUGGGUUUGCGACAAAGAAACCGACUGCGAUGGCGGUGAGGAUGAGGAAAUGUGCGACCAUCCAACACCACGUGGCUGUUCACCUCACGAUGAAUUCACCUGCUCGAACGGCAUCUGCGUUCCGAGAUUGUGGGUCUGCGACGGUGUUCCCGAUUGCUCAAACGGGGAGGAUGAACAGGGAUGCGCGGUUACCUGCGAAGCGACACAGUAUUUAUGUAAAGCACCACAAACACUGAACGAUACCGCUUUAGCGGGUGUUCAUUCGGCUCAAACCACCGCGGCGAUGCAUCAUUAUCACAGAAAUUGUAUCGCUGUCAAACACGUUUGCGAUGGAACACCCGACUGUCCUGACGGAGACGAUGAGCUCAACUGUCCUAAAAAACGAAAUUGUACCGCGGAGGACAAAUGCACGCAGCAAUGUAUUUUGACGGUGGAAAACAAGACCGCCUGCGCUUGCCCGUCUGGAUAUAAACUUGGAAAAGAUGAUGCUACGUGCGAGGACAUCAAUGAGUGUGAAUUUGAACAGGAUCCCGUCUGCAGUCAGAUUUGUAACAAUACCCAGGGAUCUUUCGCCUGUAGUUGUAUGGCAGGUUACAUCCUUCGACCCGAUCUGAGAACGUGCAAGGCUUUAGGAGCGAAUCCGAUGCUCUUAUUCGCGAACAGAGUCGACAUUCGACAGGUCAGCCUAAGCAACUCAAAGUAUACAGCGAUAUUAAAGGGGCUGCAGAAUGCGAUCGCUUUGGAUUUUCAUUACAAACGAGGCACUGUCUACUGGUCAGAUGUGUCGAUGGAUGUGAUAAGAAAAGCGUUUGUAAACGGGACUGAACCUGAGGAUGUGAUACGUUGGGGGCUAGAAAGUCCGAGUGGAGUCGCCGUGGACUGGAUUCACGAUCUCCUAUUUUGGACCGAUUCCGGAACUCGGAGAGUCGAAGUGAUAACCUUGGAUACGACGAUAAGGCACGUCCUGAUAUCGAGUGACCUUGACAAGCCGCGAGCUAUAGCCGUCCACCCCAAUUACGGAUAUGUUUACUGGACGGAUUGGGGUCCGAAUCCGAAGAUCGAGCGAGCCGACAUGGACGGCUCGGGCAGAGUGGCUCUCGUUACCGAGUCGAUAUUCUGGCCAAACGGUCUCGCGAUAGACUACACAACCGACCGAAUAUUUUGGGCGGAUGCCAAGCACCACAUAAUAGAAUCUGCUCAUCUGGAUGGCACCGAUAGAAAGAAAGUCCUGAGCAAAGGACUUCACCAUCCCUUCGCAAUAACGAUAUUCGAAGACACCGUUUACUGGACUGACUGGCAUUUCAAAAGCAUAUCAUCUGCGAACAAAGGGAACGGUGCCGGUUUCAAAACCAUCCACUCCGGCCUGCACUACCCGAUGGACGUGCACAGCUAUCAUCCCCAGCGACAGCCGAACUACAAAAAUCGAUGUGGUUCCAACAAUGGAAACUGCUCUCACAUAUGUCUUCCAAACAGCACCGGUUACAGCUGCGUGUGUCCUGUAGGGCUGAAGCUCAAACGCGAUGGAAAAAAUUGCGCCUCCACGCCCGACAAUCUUCUACUUUUCGCCCGAAAAAAGGACCUCAGGCUCAGGCCAGUUGACCAAGCAGCUCGCGGAUUCGACACUGUGAUUCCGGUAGACGAUAUUCAAAGUGCCGUAGCUCUGACGUGGGACAGUAAUGAGGACACGAUUUAUUGGACGGACAUCGAGGCAGACACGAUUAGCAAAGCGUACUUGAACGGAACCAAUCAAAGUGUCAUUAUCAGUCAUAAUCUAGAAUCUCCGGCUGGUCUUGCCAUGGAUUGGAUAACGAAUAAAUUGUACUGGACGGAUGCGGGAACGAACAGAAUAGAAUGUUCAAAUUUAGAUGGUUCCAUGAGAACCCUUCUGGUCUGGAGAGGACUCGACGAGCCCCGGGACAUCGUCGUUGACCCUACCGCUGGUUACAUGUACUGGAGUGAUUGGGGCGGAAAACAGAAGAUAGAGAAAGCUGCGAUGGAUGGCAGUAGCCGAAAGGUCCUUGUUAGCAAAAAUCUUACCUGGCCAAACGGGUUAGCGAUCGAUUUUGAAAAGAGUCGGCUUUAUUGGGCAGACGGUGGAACGAAAAAAAUCGAAUACUCCGACCUCAAUGGCAAAGGCCGUACCGUUUUAAUAUCUACGGAUCUCCCGCAUCCCUUUGGAUUGGUAAUUUUCAAAAAUAAAAUUUACUGGACCGAUUGGGAUACGCUGAGCAUUCACCAGGCGGAUAAAAACGACGGAUCAAAUCGCAGCGUGGUUCGAUCCGGAAUUUCCGGUUUGAUGGACGUUAGAGUUUUUCAUCGUCACCGAAAGAUCAUCAACAGUCCCUGCAACAAAAACAAUGGCAAUUGUUCACACUUGUGUCUAUUGGCACCGGCACCACGAUUAUUCAAGUGCGCUUGUCCGACCGGUCUCGUAUUGGAGCCUGACGGAAGGACUUGCCCGGACAUGCCGACGGAAUUUCUGGUGAUUGCUCAUAGAGAAGACAUCAGGAUGAUUUCUUUCGACGUAAAUUACGCCGUGGACAUUGUGCUACCAAUAGCAAAUCUAAAGAACGCAAUUGGUGUGGAUGUAAACCUAAGAACUGGCGAUUUGUACUGGACGGAUACCGGUGAGGACUUGAUCAGAAAAGCAAGUUUCGACGGACGAACAAUGGAAACGAUAAUCAGUAACGGUAUUGAAAAUGCGGACGAUCUCGUGGUGGACUCCAUCGGCAAGAAGAUUUACUGGACAGACGCUGUACUUAACAGUAUCGAGAUCGCUGAACUGGACGGGUCGAAUCGGAAGGUUUUGAUUUGUUCUGGACUGGAAAGUCCUCGAGCGAUCGCUCUCCACUAUCCCGCCGGGCUCAUGUUUUGGUCAGACUGGGGCCACAACGCCCGAAUAGAACGUGCAAAUAUGGACGGUGAAAAAAGGAUGACAGUAAUUGCCGAUAAUCUGAUAUGGCCGAAUGGUUUAUCGGUUGACAUAGUUGGGAAUAAAUUGUAUUGGAACGACGCUAAAAAUCACGUUAUAGAAACAGCCGACCUUGACGGCAACAAUAGAAAAAUCCUCAUCACACACGUCGAACAUCCUUACGGGCUAACACUCACAAAGGACUUUGUAUACUGGAGCGAUUGGCGCACGAAAGCCUUGCACCGAGCGAACAGGACGACGGGGUUGAAUAAAACGAUCAUCCUAGACAAGAUGGAGGGGAUAAUGGGCAUCCGAUCCGUUAGCAGUCAAGAGCUCAAUAUAGCUGAGAACGUGUGUGAGAAAAACAACGGAGGAUGUUCCCAUUUGUGUCUUCGGAACCCCAACGGUUAUUCGUGUGCGUGUCCAACUGGGAUUCUUUUGAACGAAGAUAAAAAAACGUGUAAAUCGACUCCAACGAAUUUCCUACUUUUUGCCACCAGGCAAACACUUGCUAGGGUUUCGUUCGACACACCGGAAAUGUGGGACGUGACUCUCCCGAUCAGCGAUAUCCACAAUGCUAUAUCGGUAGAUUUUCACUGGGAGAAACAGAUAAUAAUUUAUGGCGAUGUUAAUCUUGACAUAAUUAGAAGCGUUAACAUUCAAAAUUUGUCUGAUACUCGUGUGAUCAUAAAUUCAAAUCUCACCUCACCUUCCGGUCUCGCGGUCGAUUGGAUAGCCAAUAAUCUUUACUGGGCUGACGUGACCAGAAAAGUAAUCGAGGUAGCAAAAUUGGACGGCAGUUGCCGUAAAAGAGUUCUAGAGAAACUCGACGAACCAAGAGCACUUACGGUAUUUCCAAAAAAAGGAUACAUGUACUGGGCGGACUGGGGUGAACACCCGAAGAUCGAGAGAUCCUACCUCGAUGGAUCCGGUAGAAAAGUAAUCAUAUCCUCGGACCUUGGCUUUCCAAAUGGUCUCGCUUUGGAUUAUGAGAACAAAAAAUUGUACUGGGCAGAUGCCUUGAAGGACAGAAUCGAGACGUCUGAUUUGCACGGUCAAUACAGAGUCCAAUUAGUACCAGAAGCCACUCACCCUUUCGGACUCACCCAGUAUGGCGAUCACAUCUACUGGACGGACUGGUACAAAAAAGCGGUGGAACGUGCUGACAAAUCCACGGGUAAAAAUCGCAUCGAAAUUCGAACCGCGUUGGACGGUGUGAUGGAGAUUAAAGUAGUUUCGGCAGCGAGGCAAACCGGAUGGACGCCUUGCGCUGUGGACAACGGUGGAUGUAGUCACUUGUGUUUUUUCACCCAAAAGAAUUACGUAUGCGCUUGCCCGGACGUAAAGGAUUCCAGACCAUGUUCGACGGUGCCGAGCAUACAAGUUCCGAUAAGGAAACCUGGAACGGCCGACGAUCCGUCAUACGACGACGAAGAGGAGCCCACGAUGCCGUCAAUCCCAAGUUUGGUUACUCGACCGUCGGUUUCGAACAGCGAUGGGAAAUUCAGCGCUAAAGAUUUUCCGAACAACAAGGACAGAAGUUUUACCUUGAAAACUGUAGUGAUUACAAUUGUCGUAAUGGUAGCCAUGAUCAUCGUAAUUCUAAUCGCCAUCAUUCAUCUUCUUUGCCAACGGAAAACGAAGCAGAAAAAAUAUUUAUACACCGGCAGAAGCGUCCUAACUUUCUCUAAUCCAAACUACAACGCUUCGAGCGGUGACGUUGGUCCAAGUAACCCUCAGCAAGACAAAAAAUCUUUCAUCUGGAAAAGAUUAAAAUACGACAAAUCUCAGGAGAGAGUGUACGAAGAUAAUGGGCAGACCUCAAGUCCCGAAGUGGUGUCCUUGAUUCCUCCAUCAGCAACCCCGAGCAGCAGUAGAGCUCCUUCCGUCACCCCGAGGGAAACUUCGCCUCCAACGUCACUUCCGCACGUCACCCAUCUAGACGGUUAAUUAAUUAUUUAAAUAAUUCAUUCGUUCGUGCAUCGAUAUUAGAUCGGAUCGACGUAGCUUCACGGAAAAAUUAUGAUUACCGACAAUAUGAUGGUCAAUAUUAUAAUCACAGCGCAUUCCACAUCACACGGCGGUGUAAUAUAAUAUUAUUCAUUUGGCUUUCAGUUUUUUUCUCAGAUUAUUUUCACCCGAUUCCACGCGACAUGCCGGAAAAUGUCUCAAGUAUAACAUGCAUAGGGAAAUAUAGCUAUAAAAACGAGCGAUAUUCUUCUCUGAAUGAAAAAUGCAAAGCUAAGACUGACUCUGAAACGCCGUUGAUAAAAUUUUGAGAAACUACGGUGGAUAAAUAAUGCUCGGAAUAAUUUCACAAAUCAAAACGGACAAAAAUGAGAAGAAAAAAGAACCAAAGCAAAGGGAUUAUUUGGUACGGAAAUAUGGAACUCGGCAUUAGUUUUAUAAAAUGCCGGCUAUUUCGCGCUAUGAGACAUUAUUUAUCGAAAAUCUAUUCAUUGCAUAGACUUAUUGUGCGUGAAUGUGUUUUGCGUGAAUGGUUUAUUACAUUAUACAUGUAUAUUAUCUGAAGAAACCAGCGACAAGAAGAAAAGAAGAAAAAACAAUUCUUGAGAAUUGAAUAUUAGUUAUUUUUAAAAGGUCCCGAUUUGUAUAAAGACUGAUAAAGGUUCGAGAAGAGUAUCUUUGAUCGAGUAGAGAAUAUAGUGGUCUAAAUAUAUAUAAUUAUUAUUAUAAUACUAGUCAUAAUAAUAAUUCUAUCGUCCUUUUAAUUUUGCGUAUAGUUCGCCAUAUUGGUCCACCCUCCGUAAGAAUAUGUAACGUAAUUAUAUACUUCACAACCAUUAACACAAAUAUAUACCUAUACUAUAUAAUAUGAAUGUAUAUAUUAUAAUUAUCGAUAUAAUGCUCGGGUAUGAUGAUAUUACAAAUGGGAAAAUUCUGUGUUGCGUGUAUAUUGAAUAAUAUAUAACAAUUAUAUACCUAUACACAGUUAUUGUAUAGAAUAAAACGUUUCAAAAAAUAUUUUUAAAGAUGAAUUUUCAUCCAAGCAUAAUAUAUCGAUCGUUCCUUCUUAAACUUAUCACCAUCCAUAAAACGCGAUUGUAUUCGACAUGAUGUAUUUUCUUCUUUUUCUUUCAUCGACAUGUUGAGAAUAAAAUUGUUUCUUCUAAUCCUCUAUAGGUGCACUAGAUAUUUAUGAAAAUUUGAAAAAAAAUGAAAGUAAAUCGGAGUAAUAAUUAUAGCUCGAAUUAUACCUUGCGAAUGUGUCUUCUAAACUUUGAUUGAUUGGAAAAAAUAUUAUGAUAAUGAAUCAACAAUCUGAGUCGAUCGCUCGAUGUUUGUAUAAUUAUGUAUGAAGUUUUCAUUUUUGUAUAAACAUGUAAUUACAUCGUAUACACGUUAUUCCGGGUGCGUAUGAUAUGUUUCGUUCAAUUCUAUUUUUCUAUGCAAAACUAUAUUAUGUAUUAUACAUAUAUUUUUAUUACUAUCGCUAUGAUGCUAUAUUUUUCUUUCAUUUUAUCACGUAGAAUUUAUAUACGAUACACACAUUAUAACGCUAUACUUAUUAAUUGGAACGGCGCAGGUUGCCGUGUUUAGAAGAAAGAACAAAGACAAAUGUUGUCCCGGCUGGUCUAGGACGUUACAAUUUAUAUGAAAAAAGAGCAAAAGUGUCACGCAACACAGAAUUCCGAUAUUAUCCAUGAUACCGAUUGAUUUCCUUGAGUUGAUAUCAUUAAUUUCAGGGAAUCAUUUAACAAGCAAAAUCAACCGAUUCGACGAUGUGUAAGUCGAUCGAUCACUGCAGAAUGAGUGAUUUCAAGAAGGACAUAUACUUAUAAACACAUAACAUUUUGGAUUGAACCACAUAAUUAGACGUAAUUUAUAUAAUCUUAUAAUACCUUCUACCGUAUAAAGUGUUAUCGCAGCAUCACAGUUGUCCGUGAUCGUCAAUAAUCGUUAUAUGAAUAAUAAUUAAAAACAACAAAUGCUGAAAGAUAAUUACAUACUGAGAUAAUUAAUAAUCAUAUAAAUAUAACAAUUUGACAUAUUAAUUACAUAUUAUCUAUAGUUGACGUAAAGUUUGAACAACAGUUGAUUUUUCGAAUCGAGUCACUGGCAUUCACCAAUCUGUCAUCGCAUACCUACCCACAUAAUUAUCUGAUAAAUGCUUUUACAAUAUAUAUAUUUAUACACACUAUAUAAAUACGUACGAUAUGUACCGCAAUAACUUUAUGGUAUAAUUCAACGGUAAAAGAUUCGUUUGUAAUCUUAUCAUAGAAAACAAUAUAUUGACGGCAAACUGGUAAUAAAUUCAAAGACAAGCUUUCUUCUCUAACUUAUAUGUUCUUGUUAAAAUGACUGGUUCAGUCAGGUAUAUAUUAUUAUACUUGCAUGUAUACAUAUAUAUAAAUAUGUAAAUAUUUGUAUGUAUACAAAUAAUUGCGUACGUAAAUUAAUUGUUAUAUUCAUAGAGCGUAUUUGAACGAUACGUAUGAAAAAAUUCAACGGUAAAUGAAUAUAGCAAAGAACGAAAAAUAUACACCAUUUAUACAAGAAGUUCGUGAAUUUCGCCAUUAAUUCGGUAAUUCAUGUAAAUUACUAUAUGUAUACAUUUACAUUGUAUAUUAAUACGAUUGCUGUAAAGAGGUAUUUUUCAUACUUUAGCGAUUGCAUGUACUAGAAUUUUACACGAGAAAAAGGAAACUAGUAAUUCACUUCAAAAUAAUGACAGCAUGAAAAAAUUCACCGUGGAAUACGGUCGAAAAAUUUCUCGCCAUUCUUUUUAGCAACGGUCGAAAAUUUCAUGUACCUCUCUAUGCCAAUCAAUUCGAUAUAUGUAAUUCUGGCGGUUCUGAGGCUUUUAAUUAGGAUGAAAGAAUUAACUUGGUAGCAGAAUUACAAGUUUCUAUAGUACGAUGAUAUACUUACUUGACAUCACGAAUGAUAGAACUAGUUAUCGAAUGCACACCGUCUGAUGUGAAAUAAAAUACAGAAAGUUAAUAAAAAAAAAAAAGGAGAAGGAAAUUAGAAGAAAGGAUCGAGUGGGUGAUAUGAAAAAAAACAGAGAAAAAAAAGGAAACCGAAAAGAGCUGUAAGAAAUAUCAAAUAUUGUUAAUGUUUAGAUCUCUAAAAAGUAAUUUAUAGCUACCACGAGUUUAAUCAUCUUGCGGGUAUCAUAUUGUAAUAAAGGUAUGUUCGUGACCAUCGUGAUAAAAAGGAAAAAACUAUUAUAAAUUAUUUACCGCAUGCUAUGUAUGUUAGAGCUCAAAGAUUCUAUGUGAUAUAGAAUGAAAAUCUGAACUACAUAUUAUUAUAUUACCUACAUGACAUCGUGACAAGUAUUUAUAAAACAUCGAUGCAGUUCAGUUAUGAAUGUUGUAUGAUACAAUUGCAGAUAGAUAAUAGGUAUUGGUCAGAAAGCAUAUUGAAUUUAAAAAAAAAAAUAUAACAACAAUGGAAUAAAAAAUUGACAACAAAAAGAGCCGCGAACGGAGAAACAAAUUAUCAAAGUUUUAACUGCAGCUAAAGAUGAAUAAUAAAGAUUCGCUCUAUUUGCACUAUUAUAAUAGUCUGUGAGUAUAUUAUAUUUAUUCAUGUUCUGUAUCAUCUAUAUUCUAUAACGUAGAAUUUAGAUUAUAUUUCUAGGUGGAUUGCCAAUGAACUCAUCCAUCUAAAAUAAUAUCAUAGUUAAUUCGAUAUGCGUAAUUCUUUGUUAUUGUGAAAAAACCGCAUCAGUGAAUCUAAUUAAAUGAAAAGUCGAAGAAGAAAGCCAAAGGAAAAACACUUUUCUCUACACAUAAAUGGAAAAGACUGAUCUUGCUACCUGUAGAAACGGAGCAAACAUGAAUUGUGUACGACAUACGACGGUAUACCUGCAACGGCUCACCUUGAUUUAAAUUAAACAGGAAACCAAACUUUUCACUUUUCUGCGGUGUAUGAAUUUUUUCAAAUGAAAUAUUAUUGAAAUAUUAUUGAUAAAAAAAAGACGAAGAAAACGGAAAAAAAUGUUACAAUAUCGAUUGGGAUAUUUUCUCGUUUCCAUUUUCUUAUUCACAUUAUGCCAUAAAAUUAAAAUAAUUAGAAACCUUAACGAAGAUGUGUUUGUGAAGUUCAAAGCUCAGGUGAACUAAGCAAAAACAUGUUGCAAUGAUAAUAUACAUUACAUGAUAUAUGUUAAGGAUCAUAAUCGACAUUGAUUCUGAUACAAUAAUUGUAUUCCUGUAUACUAAAAAUGUUGCAUUCUGCUGCCGGCCACAGAAGCAAAAUUAUAAUACCAAAUACACAUGAUUCAACUGAUUGUGAGUGCGAAGGUAAAGCGAUCGAUCCACUUAUAUUAAACAUAUAUGUAUAAGUGAGAAAAUAGAAGACGUGAAUUUUUGAUUGCUAAAAAAAAUAUCUCAUUCAUAUGUCGAUGUGUAAUUCUUUCGCGGCAAUUAAUAAGUCAUUAUUAAAAAUAUAGGUAAUUAUGUUCAAGCCCAUAGUAAAUCCUGAUUAUUAGUUGAGUAUUAUUUAUAAAAGUAGUUUCAAUUCAUUCUUAUGACAUGUAACUGCACUCCCUUGAAUAUUAUAAUUCGAUUAUAACUAUUACGUAUUAUUAAAUUAAAUAACUAUGUAAUUGCUGUACAUUUAAAGUUACACAUGCAAAAUGUACUGAAAAUAUGUAUUCGAACAAGCUGAUUGCUUUGAUUAUGAUUUUAAGAAUGACGGAGAAUAUAAUAUUAAAUCACAUUUUCAUACGCUAUAUAGAAGAGAGCUGAUAGUUCGAGUAGAUCUAAUUACUUUACGGUGCGAAUCGUGACCUACGUUAUUGAACAUCUUUCACCGAUUUUUGGGAAUCGCUGCGGUUAUUUUAACAAUUCGCCAUUAUCGAAUGGCCCCGAAAUAUUCAGUUCCUUGAUCCUCCGUAUCUUCAUGUGAGAAAUCGAUAAAGCAUUGUCGGAGCAAUUAUGUUGUGAAAUAUACGUACUCAUAUAUUACUAACAUAUUCGGUGCCAAAUAAAAACCAUUAUUAUAUAGAUGUGUACAUACAUAUAUAAUUGUAUUAUCAAUUAUAUGAUAUUAGAGAUAAGAGAUAAUAUGAUUGUACUAUUUGUAUAGGAGUUGUGAGUAAUUUUAGAAGAUUGUUUUGAAAUAUUUGCACGCCAUGUUGCCCCGCAUGGCGUAAAAAUAAAACUAUUCUGUAUCCUAUAAAA